UAUUAGGCAAAGGACCAAUAGAAUAAUGGUUACACUGCAUUCAUCUCUGCUUUCUUCUACCACUACAUUUUGUUAAUAAUAUUAGGGUUCCAUUCUAAGUUGUAAGCCAGACUAGUAAUAAUAUUGAAAAAAUGGUGAAUGUACCUAAACAAAGACGUACUUACUGUAAGAAGUGUAAAGUACAUAAGGUUCAUAAAGUAACACAAUAUAAGAAAUCAAAAGAACGUCAAGCAUCCCAAGGUCGUCGUCGUUAUGACAGAAAACAGAGUGGAUUUGGUGGUCAAACUAAGCCUAUUUUCAGGAAGAAGGCUAAGACAACCAAAAAAGUGGUAUUAAGAAUGGAAUGUUCUGAAUGCAAAUAUCGUAAACAAAUUCCAUUGAAACGAUGCAAACAUUUUGAAUUAGGUGGUGACAAAAAGAGAAAGGGACAAAUGAUUCAGUUUUAAAUUGCUGUAAUAGACCAUUAUUUUUGUUACUUUAAAGACUAAUAAAUUGAUGCAUUCUUGAA